AUGACAGUUUUGGACACAAUAGUGAGAUACAUUAGUGCCAGUUAUGCGGGCAAAGGAAGACCACUAAGUCGGUUAUUGAUAACUCGUAUCAUCUCGAUCUAUGGGAUCUCUACAUUGUUGUUUCUUGUGCGAUUGAGGAGGUUGAGGACUUCUGAGCAACGUGUUUCUGAAAUUUGCAAGUUUUGGAGGAAUUCAAGUGCUAUGGCAAUCGUAUCGACUUCAGUUCCGGUACUUCGACGUCUCACUAAUUUGGAAAAUUCCCAGAUCCUAUGGUCAACAAGCAUUGGAGCUUCUCUCUGGACAACUACUGAGCUCCCCAGCUGGCUAGCUUCGUACGUGGCCGUGGAAUCUGUCUCUGAGACAAUUAUCUCAAUGAAAAGCGUGAAAGAAACCAUAGUUCAUAUGGCGCCUUCGAGUCUGGUUAUAAGCAAGCAAUUUUUAUUAAGUCUCAUUGUUCCAUUAUUCUAUACUCGAUUUAAGAUGAGCAAGAAAACAUCUGGGGCGACUCGAUUUCUGUUCGGAAAACGUUCACUAGUACAAGACUUUGUGCUCUUCUACUGCAUCUGGAACUUCCUAUCAGUUUACAAUUCUUUCAAACGUUUCUUGCUGGAAAAGAGACGAAACAAGGGCUAUUAUCCACAGAGUAACUCGUCCCGACAGGUCGAUGACUGGCCGAUGAUUUCGGGGAAUUUGAAGCCACUAAUGGAUAAGCUCGGGGAGAUCCACGAGAUAACACUGCAUGACAGUUACUCACUAUUUGAGAAAUUAAUGAAUUCGGCAGCAAUAAAAAACGUUGUACCUUGUUUUAGAUGGGCAGUAUGGAGACAACUAUGCGUCAAGACACUACACCAUUCUCCACCCAAAUAUUUCGUGAACACGAACCUGAUGAAAUCAAUCACUCUAAUGUUGGGAUUCUUUGUGCUAGAUGGUAACAACAGCAGUAUGGACGUGAGACCGGGAGUAUUAAGAUAUCUGAUCCGGUGUAUUCUAAACACGUAUUUGCAAGAUACUUCUCUCAAUGUCCAAAAGACAAUCACAUUCCUAUUUUCCCACCUGGCAUUGUACAGCAGUAAACAACGACCCAAUUAUGUGUAA